CUCCUGUAUUUCCUUUCCACCAGGAGAAAACUAAGGAACCGAUAACUCGCAAACCCAUCAAAACAAAAAAAAAAUGCCAUCAGGCAAACCUUCUUCUUCUGUCUUCUCUUUACAUCCCAAACCAACACCAUUAAAACCUUCAAGCAGCGCCACCAGCAACAACAACACCACAAACCAAGCAUGCGCGGCUUGCAAAUACCAACGUAGAAAAUGUGCUCCUGAUUGUCUUCUCGCUCCUUACUUCCCUCACGACCGUCACCGCCAAUUCCUCAAUGCUCAUAAGCUCUUCGGUGUAAGCAACAUCACCAAGAUCAUAAAAGACCUUAGCCCUCCUGAUAAAGACGCGGCUAUGUAUACAAUCAUGUUUCAGUCCGAUGCUCGUGCGAAUGAUCCCAUCGAAGGAUGUUAUAGCAUCAUUAGAAAGCUUCAGUACCAGAUCGAAUACUCAAAAAACGAGUUGGACAUGGUUAUUCAGCAAUUGGCUGUGUUCCGUAAUCAUCAUCAAGAACCGCAUAUUCAGAUUCAAGAACCUGAGGAUCUCUCGAGUUUUUCGAGUUCUUGUGAUCUAAACAACAACAACUCGAUUACUUACAACUACCCUCUUCAUCAUGUCCAAGAACCAGUUCAACAGCAACAAGAACAACAACAAUAUUGUGCUUCUGGAAACUUUAAUGGGUUACAAGAAGACAUGUGGUGCCUCCAACUUCAAGAUUCAUCAACGACGGUGAAUAUGAAGGGUGGCUUCAUUGAUGAAUGUGAGGACGUUAAGCCUGUGGAAGAGGUUUCCAGUGAAACACACGAGUUCGAGCAUCAUCAUGAUGAUUUCGUUGAAGAACCAUACAUCAUUUCUUCUUAGCUUUUCCUUUUUCUUUUAUUCUAUUGGAUUUAUUAUUUUCUUGAUUUUAGAAUCAUUUUUCUAGGGCUAACAAAAUCUCCUUUCGCUGAUCGAUCUCAACAGUUAUUUUUUAACUAAAUUUGUUUUCUUUUGGAUUAUUUUUGUAUCUCAUUUUGGUAAAAUUUGUUAAUAGGAAUGUUAAAUGUGAAAGAAGCAUGGAAUCUUCAAGAUAAAUGUUACACAAGAAUUUGAUGGAAUAAAACACAUUUUAAUAGCUUAUGUAUGAAAUAAUGUUCAAUAAUAAAAACUAGAUGAUAACUCGCAUGCAUGCGCAUUUAGUUUUUAUAAUAAUGUUUGUUCGUUUUAAUAUUUUGCAACACUACAAUCUUUGUCGAUUGUAAAAUGACGAAUACAAAUGUUGAUCUCUUAAAUGUAUCAUCGUUGUAGAAUAGUUAAUGUAUUACAACUCAUUUUAAUUAUUUUUAAUAUUUCAUAUGCACAAAAAAAAAUUAAUUUUUGCGGCUGACAUAAAUCACCAAAACCAAACAGGCAAACAUCAAAUGUAUACUGACGAAAGGGAAUUGGGUAUUAUGUUCUCGAUUUGUUUACUAUUGACUCUUCAUAAGUGAAUUUAUUUCUAUCUCUAUAAAAUUGUGUUUUCGCUCUCAUCUCUGUUUCAUUGAUAUGAAUUUUUAGUUUUUUUAAAAAACUUUUUCUAUAAAUUCGGUGAAUUACUUAAGUGUCAAUUUAAAAAGAUGGACAUCUGUAAAAGUUAGUUCUACUCCAGAUAAAUAUCUAAGAAUCAAAAAUUUGAAAAAAAUCACCGGUAAACUCUAUUAACAAGUUAGUAUUCAAAUCUAAUAUAUCAAGCUGUUAUAGAAUACAAGUGUAGACUCAAAAUAUAAAUGUCUGUCUAGUAUAUAUUCACUAGUUCGGUCUAAGAAUCAUCUAAUUCUAGAACAACAAAACAAAUUACUUAUUUUAUUAUUCUACGCUUUUGAGGUUUAGUUAUUUAAGAGUAUGCAUAUAAAAUAUAUAUAUAAUACUUUACCAUUCUAGUAUAUGUAAACUAUGUAUAAACUAAGAACUUUUUGAUUUAUUAAAUGAUAAACCAGAAAAUUUAUAAUAAAUAGUUCAAAUCUCUCAUUCUUAUAAUUAUAAUAGUGAGAUAGGGUAUUAGGGAGAAACAAAUAUUAGACGAAUGAUCAAAUCUAUUAUUCUUCGAACAAACUCAAAAGGAGAU